ACUUGGCGGUAUUGUUUGACACUCGUUUCGUUACCCGAACAUGAUCGACAGCUGCACUACCAAGACGAGACGUCGGCUACGGGAAGUAGACAGUAUCAUGUUUCACGGCGACUGUUCACACAGCUUACAUGUACCACGCUGAAACCGAGACUUCUGUGUUUGAAUGGAGAAUUCAGCCGUUGGGUAUAUCGUUAAACGAUUUUUAAAAAUGAAUCGUUCAUCAAGGCAGCCUCGCAGGUGCGUGAGGAGCUCCUGAGCUGGCGUGUUCGUUGAUUGGCUGAGCAGCUGUCCGUCAUGAGGAAGAAGGCCAAAAGGGCGCUGGAGCCGGACGACCCUCUGUGCUGCUGUGAGUAUGUGGACAGACACGGGGGGCGGAGCCACAUGGCAGCAUGUUGCUGUGACUGUGAGGACCUGGAUGAAGCCUGUGACAGGUGGAUGAAGAGGGAGCCCCAGAAACCAGACUCUGUAUCUCGCGUACUCACUGUGAUAAGUGAUCGUCUUAGGGUGCCCUGGUUGUCAGGGGCACGGCGAGUCGACCUGUCCCUCAUCCCACCCCUUCUGCUUCUUCCUGCUCUCCUCCACCUGGCCGCUCUGCACUUCCUGCUGGGUAUUGUAGUUCUGACGGCACUUCCCGGCAUGGUGCUAUGGUACUACUACUUCACUCAUCGCAAGAAAGGACGAACCCUCUUCUUCCUCAGCCUAGCUCUCUUCUCCCUGUUCUACAUGUACUACCUCUUCCUCACCGAGGUUGUCCCCCGCGGAGACGUCGAUCACUUGCAGCUGGCUGCCGUGACGACCGGCGUGGCCCUCACUUUGAUAGCCCUCGUACGCACCAAACGGGGCCCGGGUUACGUCACGGCCCGUCCGGCCGACGUUCACAGCACAGUGACCUAUCACGCCCCGCUGCCCGACAAAGACCCCUCCCACCUCAACGGAGGGGCGCGUCACCAAGUGUUGCUGGGCAACCGCGCGGGUCCGGUGGAGUUGGGGGCGGAGCCCGGGAGCGUGGAGCGGAGAGACGGCGGGAAGAGGAACUGGUGUCCCUUCUGUAAGCUCGUUAAACCCCCCCGGGCUGGACACUGCCGAAUCUGCGGUUCCUGUGUCCUCCGACUCGACCAUCACUGCGUCUGGAUAAACAGCUGUGUGGGCCAGGCCAAUCAUCGCAGCUUCCUGCUGACGCUCUUCCUCUUCCUGUUAACCUCACUGUAUGGGAUCAGUCUGGUACUGCGCAGUGUGUGUCCACGGCAAAAUGUAAUGACCGCCUUGCUCUACUGCCCUGACGCAUACAACCACUACAGCUCAGCUCUGUGCUUCACCUGUGCGUGGUACAGCAGCAUCGUGACUGGAGGUCUGCUCCACCUCCUGGUCAUCCAGCUCAUCAACAUCAGCUACAACGUCACCGAGCGGGAGGCCCGUCUCGCCCUCCGAGACAAAACCGGCCGCAGCCAGCUGUGGGGCCUCGUCAUCGACACGGGCGCGUACUCCCGUGGUUUCCGCGGCAACUGGACCGAAUUCCUGACCAUGGGCGGGGCCUUGGAAUCCCCCACGCCCUCAGUGACCGACCUGGUGUAGGUCCGGUCGAAACAGACUGACGGAGCUCUUCAGGGAACAGGCGUAAGGUUGAGUUCAAACCGUUUGUCCAGGUUUGGGAUUCAUACCGUAACCUGCAUUUGGGGACUCAAACAUUUUUUUCUGUUGGCAAUUUAUACUCUUAAAAGCUGAUUCUAGGUCAGGAUUUGAUUUCUCCUGAUGGUGGUUGCGGGCUGGACUAGAAAUCACGGGAGCUGAAUACGAAUUUACUUUGAGAGUGAAACGAUCACUGCGACCUUUCACCACUAGAUGGCAGCGUUGCACCACAUUGCCUGUAUUAAAGCCAAUCAUUCGGUCCCUGACCUGAAGAGGGGAAAAGCGCUACCGAGGGUUGGAAGUAGUGGUAGAGAAAGAGGCUUUAUGUCGUCAUAUAUAAUGUUCCAGUCUACUGUCAUCGCUCUGUGUUUCAUAAGCCAUAUGAGGAGAUAAAAUAGAGCACUUAGAAUGUGAUGCACGUUUUUCAAUAUCCUCCGGACUGCGAGCCGCCAGCAUCUGUUACCCGUAUAUGCCGGAGUUUUACAGAGCAGACGGGUGAU